AUGCUCUUAUUUCUCUUCCAGGUGAAACAUGCAACCAACCAAAUUGUGAUGAACUGUGCUGACAUUGACAUUAUUACAGCGUCCUAUGCGCCGGAAGGAGAUGAAGAGGUACAUGCCACAGGGUUCAACUAUCAGAAUGAGGAUGAAAAGGUUACUCUUUCCUUUCCCAGUACUCUUCAGAAAGGGACAGGGACACUAAAGAUAGACUUUGUAGGGGAGCUGAAUGAUAAAAUGAAAGGGUUUUACCGAAGUAAAUACACCACCCCUACUGGAGACACGCGCUAUGCUGCUGUCACUCAGUUUGAGGCUACUGAUGCUCGCAGAGCUUUCCCUUGCUGGGAUGAGCCUGCUAUUAAGGCAACCUUUGAUAUUUCUUUGGUGGUUCCUAAAGACAGAGUAGCUUUGUCAAAUAUGAAUGUCAUUGACAGGAAGCCCUACCCGGACGAUGAGAACCUGGUGGAAGUGAAGUUCGCCCGUACCCCGAUAAUGUCCACCUAUCUUGUAGCAUUUGUGGUGGGAGAAUAUGACUUCGUGGAGGCCAGGUCCCUGGAUGGUGUCUUAGUGCGUGUUUACACUCCUGUGGGCAAAGCAGAACAAGGAAAGUUUGCAUUAGAGGUUGCUGCUAAAACUCUGCCUUUUUAUAAGGACUACUUCAAUGUUCCUUACCCUCUUCCUAAAAUUGAUCUCAUAGCUAUUGCAGACUUCGCUGCUGGUGCCAUGGAGAACUGGGGCCUUGUUACUUAUAGGGAGACUGCAUUGCUCAUUGACCCCAAAAAUUCCUGUUCUUCAUCUCGCCAGUGGGUUGCUCUGGUUGUAGGACACGAACUUGCUCAUCAGUGGUUUGGAAACCUUGUGACCAUGGAAUGGUGGACCCACCUCUGGCUGAAUGAAGGAUUUGCCUCCUGGAUUGAGUACCUGUGUGUAGAUCACUGUUUCCCUGAGUAUGACAUCUGGACUCAGUUUGUUUCUGCUGAUUACACGCGCGCUCAAGAGCUUGAUGCCUUAGACAACAGUCACCCUAUUGAAGUUAGUGUUGGCCAUCCCUCCGAAGUAGAUGAAAUAUUCGAUGCUAUUUCUUACAGCAAGGGAGCAUCUGUAAUCCGAAUGCUACACGACUACAUUGGUGAUGAGGACUUUCGGAAAGGAAUGAAUCUGUAUUUAACGAAGUUCCAGCAGAAGAAUGCAGCUACAGAGGAUCUCUGGGAAAGCCUGGAAAAAGCUAGUGGUAAACCUAUUGCUGCUGUGAUGAACACAUGGACCAAACAAAUGGGAUUUCCACUCAUUUAUGUGGAAGCUGAACAGCAAGAAGAUGACAAAGUGUUGAAGUUAGUCCAGAAGAAAUUCUGUGCCAGUGGCCCAUAUACUGGGGAGGAUUUCCCCAUGUGGAUGGUCCCCAUAAGUAUUUGUACAAGUGAUGACCCCACCUGUGCCAAAAUGCAAAUAUUGAUGGACAAACCAGAGCUCACCUUGGUUUUGAAAGACAUCAAACCAGACCAGUGGGUGAAGUUAAACCUUGGAACAGUUGGGUUUUACCGUACCCAGUAUAGCCCUGACAUGCUGGAGAGUUUAAUACCAGCCAUCAAAGACCUCUCCCUACCCCCUGUGGACAGGCUUGGCCUGCAGAAUGAUCUUUUCUCUCUGGCCCGAGCUGGAAUCAUUAGCACUGUAGAGGUUCUAAAAGUCAUGGAAGCUUUUGUGAAUGAGCCCAAUUAUACUGUGUGGAGCGACCUCAGCUGUAACCUGGGGAUUCUCUCAACUCUCUUGUCCCACACAGACUUCUAUGAGGAAAUCCAGGUGUUCGUGAAAGAUGUCUUUUCACCAAUAGGGGAGAGACUGGGCUGGGACCCCAAACCUGGAGAGGGUCAUCUGGAUGCACUUCUGAGAGGGCUGGUCUUGGGCAAACUAGGAAAAGCUGGGCACAAGGCGACGUUAGAAGAAGCCCGACGCCGGUUUAAGGACCACGUGGAAGGAAAACAUGUGCUGUCAGCUGAUCUGAGGAGUCCUGUAUACCUAACUAUUUUGAAGCAUGGAGAUAGUACUACUUUGGACACUAUGCUGAAGCUUCACAAGCAAGCAGACAUGCAGGAGGAGAAGAACCGAAUUGAACGAGUUCUUGGAGCCAUCUCUCAACCAGAACUGAUUCAAAAAGUUCUCACCUUUGCACUUUCAGAAGAGGUACGUCCCCAGGACACGGUAUCUGUUAUUGGUGGAGUAGCUGGAGGCAGCAAGCAGGGGAGGAAAGCUGCUUGGAAAUUUGUAAGGGACAAUUGGGAGGAACUUUAUAAUCGAUACCAAGGUGGAUUCUUAAUAUCCAGACUAAUAAAGCUAACAGUGGAUGGAUUUGCAAAUGAUAAAAUGGCUGCAGAAGUUAAGGCCUUCUUUGAGAGCCACCCAGCUCCCUCGGCGGAACGCACUGUGCAGCAGUGCUGUGAGAACAUCCUGCUCAAUGCAGCUUGGCUCAAGAGGGACGCCGAGAACAUCCACCACUACUUCCUGCAGCGCAAGGCCCCUGCAGCCAUGGUGUGA